AUGGCCACAUCGUUGCACAACUACCCGCGGUCACCCAACUCGUCCACACGCUCGUUUGACUCCUCGUCUGUCGCCUCGCCGUCCGCCACCUCGCCGCGGCUGCUGCCCGCCUUGCACGGACGAUUCAACACGAGUGGCAGUGGCACUGGCACCGGCAGCGGUAGCGGCAGCAUCCCAAGCACACGGUCAGGAUCGCUGGCCUUGUCCGACGGGCGCCCGCCGACGCGAGGACUGGGCUUCACGGGAACACGACCACCACCAGCCUUUGCACCCGCCUGGUUGGGACUGCCUGGAGCAACCGCAACGCAACAGGGCGUCGGCGUCCUACCUGGCGGCGUCGCCAGCCGUCUGCCCGCCUUGCACGAGCGCGAUCGCAGCCACAGCAACCAACACGGCCACCAGCAGCCGCGGCCGCACGACACGCCCUACGGCUACCGACACAGCCACGACCACCACCAGAGUCACCCGUUGUACGGCCACGAGGCGCACGAGCAGCACACGUACGACCAGCACACGUACGAGCACCAGCACCACCAUCACCACCAUCACCACCAUCACGACCCAAACACCAACCCGCCACGGCCAAACGCCUUCUCGCACUCGCACUCCCAUUCCCACGCGCACACCCACCCCUACUCGUACUCCAGCAUGGGCCGCGACGACUCGCUGCCGCCGACCGACUCCCUGGCCAGCACGCCGGGGCCGGGCUACAUUGCCUUGCCGCCGCUGCACCAUGGCGGCGGUGGCGGGGGCGGCCGCGGAGGCAGCGCAACAACCGCAGCAGCAGCACCCCCACCACCGCCACCAGCAUCGACAUCCAUGGGCGGUCCUCAACAUCCUCUACCACCAUCACACGCAGCCAAGCGCGCGUACCGCCAGCGCCGCAAAGACCCCAGCUGCGACGCCUGCCGCGAACGCAAAGUCAAGUGCGACGCCACCGAAACGACCAGCUGCUCCGAGUGCUCCAACCGCCAGGUCAAGUGCCAGUUCACCAAGGAGACCAACCGCCGCAUGUCGUCCAUCAAGCAGAUGCAAGACAUGGAGCGCCAGCUGGACCGGCUGCGGCGCGAGAACGGCGGGCUGCGGCGCAUUUUGCAGGAAAGCCGGGCGCAGGGCGGUGCCACUGGUGGUGCCACUGGUGGUGCCGUCGCCAGUGGAAGUGGGUCUGUGUCUGUGGCCGGGUCCGGGUCCGGAAGUGGGCCGACGCCGAAACGGGAAGGAACGGACGGCCCGGUCCGGGCGGACCUAGAUUCGGACACACCCAUGGGCGACCACAGCGCCAUGGAGGACGACGACUACUACGAACACCAGCCGCGCCACCUUUCGCACGUGCCGCACCUCCAGCAUCCAGCGCACAGCAGCCGUCAAAUCCUCCCCUUGUUGCCGAUCCCGGACAUCGGCUCGAAUCCACCACGGCGGCAUCGGCGGACACCGCGGCUCUUGCCGUUUUCGGCUUCCACAAGACAGCCACCAUCCGCCUAUCCCUAUCCGUCCUCGACGUUUGCUGGCAGCAGCGGUGGCAGCAGUGGCGGCAGCGCACCACAGCCGCUCUUUGACCUCGGACGGGCGCGCGCCAACGUGCGCAUGUUUGCGCGCGGCCUCUGGGCGCCACCGGCGACGGCACUGACACACGCAUCACAGACACAGCCGUCUCUCACGACGACGGCGACGAGCAAUCUUCCUGAACUGCCUCCGCGCGACAUUGUCGACAACCUACUGCACGCCUACUAUGCCUCGAUACAUACCAUGCUGCCCAUGGUCCAUUGGCCGACGUUCCAGCGGCAGGUGGACGAACUGUACCGGACGGGCCCCGGCCCCGAAACGCCGCCCUCGUUUGUCGCCCUUUUCUUUGCUGUGCUUGCGGUCGGCGGUUUGUUUAGCACGUACUUUGUCGCCGCGCCCACGCCGUCAUUUACCGCCGUCCACCUCGCCGAGGCCGCGCGUACUCUGAUCGAUCCGUGGACGAUGACCGCGUCGGUGACGCCGACACUGGACGAUGUCCGCACGCUGCUCCUGCUUGCCAUCUUCCUCAACGAGUCCAACCUCAAGUCGGCCGCUUGGACGUGGCUGGCGAGCGCUGUGCGCAUCGCCCAGGCCAUGGGGCUGUACGUGGCGCCGGCCGACGGCAGCGUCGAGGGCCUGGAGUCCGAAAUACGCAGCCGUGUCUGGUGGUCCCUGUAUGUCGUGGACCGUACGAUGGCGCUCGACGCAGGGAACCGACCCGCGCUCAUCCAGGACGACGACUGCGACGUCGCUCUGCCGACAGACGACGGCACGGGCGACCCGUCGACGCAUCCGCAGACCAUGCUGGCCGUCUUGGAUGUCGUGCGGGCCUACACGGCCUUGGGGCGACUGCUCACCGCCACUUCGUCGUCCGUGUCUCCUGUUGCCGGAAACGACGGCAGCGGCCUGCCCCCCUCUUCGCCUCUCUCGACACCCUCGCCGUCUCCGUCCUUUGCCGUUCCAGGUGCAGCAGCAGCGUCCGCCGGUUCUGACGCACAUAUCCCCGCAACCCAUUUGGCCACCUUCGACCAGCACUUUGCUGCCUGUCUGCGCGUGUUCCCGGCCGUCUGCGACCCGGCCGUCAGCCACUAUGCGGACGUACAGCCGCCGCUCUCUCUGCAGUUGCUCAACCCGCUUGCAUACCUGCUUCAUGCUCGCCUCGUCCUCCAUCGCUACAAUUUGGCGCCGUAUGCUGGGGAUCUUGCCAGCCACCACCAUGCGCAGCACCAACAUCAAAAUCAAGCUUACAAUCAAACUCACAAUCAAAACCAAAACCAAAAUCAAAAUCAAAAUCGACAUCAACAAGCUCGUCUCACGGCCGUGGAACAGUGCACCCACACGGCGCUCGAGACGGCCACGCUCCUCCGCCGCUCGGGUCUUGCGGUGGACGGCGACCCAAGCCCGCCAAACGAACAGGCCGUGGCAUGGGCCGCCAGCGCCACGUCUCUCUUGACCAUGCAUCUCCUCCGCUGCACUCUCUUCCUGCUGCUGACGGGCCACACCGACGCCGCCGCCUUGCUGGUGCGCGCGCUGUCUGCCAUUGCCGUCGUUCAUCGCGACGUGGCUGCACCCUGCGGCCGCUUUUUGGCCUUUUUCACGUCGUGCCUGGCGUUUAAGCGCGCCGAGUACACGGCGUAUCUGGCACGGGCAGCGCCGCCGACGCCGCACACACCGCACACACCGCAUACACCGCAAACACCGCAAGCACCGCAAGCACCCCAAGGCCCACCAUCGGCGCGCCAGCAAACCAUACCGCCUGCCGCCGCACCUCAGUCGUUGUACGACGCCCUGGUCCGCGACGAAGAGCUGCUCGUGUACGUGAGCGCCGACCUGCAGGCGUCGCCCGACCGUGCGUGGGUGUGGGACGGCGAGGCGGGACCGGGACCGGGACCUGGGCCAGCGCCAGCAUCGGCAUCAGCACCAGCAUCGACACAGUCCGCUCCGACCGACUUGUCGACCGACGCGCCGCCCUCGUCUGCCAAUGCCUUGUCCCGCCCCGAUGUGCGGAUGGGCCUCUCAGACGAAGAGAGUCGCGACUGGGGCGGCUGGGACCGGCUCGAAAACCGCGUGCGCAGCCUGGCCUCGCUCGUCGGGCCAGGUUCCUCUUCCGCUUCGGCUUCGGCUUCGGCUUCGGCUUCGGCUUCGGCUUCAGCGUCCGGUCCCCUGGCAGCCACGGUGACGGCGAAUGCAAUGGCCGCUGGACCGCCACCGCCCACAUCCUACUCGACAACCUCGAAUACCACCGGCACCACAAGCCCUGUUGCCCACUAUACGCACCAGCCCGUGUCGGCCCUUUCGUCGAUGCCGUCCAUGGCCGCCAUGCCACCCAUGCCCAUGUCCAUGUCCAUGUCCAUGUCCGCGUCAGCCUCGUCCGCAGCGACAUCGCCACACCCUUCGACCCUGCCUCCCCUGCAGCCCGGGCCACGGCCGCAGCUUCCACCACCAGCACAGCAGCACCAACAGCAGCCUAGCUUCUCCAUGUCCGACGCGCCGAGCGGGUCGGCAGCUGCACCGCGCCGCGUGGACAGUCCUGUGCCUGCAGCGAGUGGAAGUGGAGGCAAGUCCAAGAACCAGGACCGCAUCAGCAUCGCCAAUAUCAUAUAG